GCGUAUCCCUUAAUUGAACUCAGGCUUCUUGCACGGCCAGGUGCACGGCCGUGCAAUCUUCAGGGCCUGCCCGUGCAGCUCCUCGGCAUGAGGCGCACGGCCAGAUUGCAACCGUGCACGGCCGUGCAGCCCCUCUGGUCUGCCCGUGCAGCUCCCAAAAACCUCGCCAUUCGUCUGUUCUUCGUCCAAUUGACCCCAGAAUCGCUCCUAAGCCUUCAUUCACGUACUAGGACCUGAAAUAUGACAAACAAGCACAACCUAGCGUGAAAUCGGCCUAAAACACGAGAAAUCACAUCUCAAACGGUGUAAGAACAGGGGUAAAAACAUGUGUAAAUAACGGUCUAUCAACCUUCUCCCUGAUGAAAAACUUCUUCUUAUUGCAAGAAUGGAGAAACCGAGACCUGAACUGGGGGAGGACAAGAUGAUUUGGGGCCUGGAGCAAGACGAGAGAUUCCAACUGAAGUUUGUCUACAACCUUAUUGCAAACACUGAGGAUGAAGGCGCGGAGGAGGGCACCUGGAAAGCUCUAUGGAGAUGGAAAGGACCCAGCAGGGUCAAACAUUUUCUAUGGCUUGUGCUGCACGGCAGACUCUUCACCAACAAGGAACGUGUAAGAAGGAAGAUGGCCACCAAUAGCAACUGUACUUACUGCAAAGAUACUGAAGAAACAAUGGAGCAUAUCCUGCGAAACUGUGUGAAAGCAAAGGCUGUUUGGGAUAGGUUUCGUCACAAGCUUGCUGCUACUAAUGCUAUUAUUCCAUUCCAUGAGUGGGUGCUUUCGAAUCUGCUACUUGAGGAGAAAGGGAUUGACUUUGGAGUCAUCUGUUGGAACUUUUGGAAGAAGAGAAAUAAGGAAGUUUUGGAUGGAAAAGUCUACAAUGAGCAAAGUGUACGGUGUAGAAUUGAUGGUUGGCUCAACACCAUCAAACAAGCAGAACAAGGAAUGAUAGGGUGUUCUGUGAACCAGGACAACAACAUCAUAUGGAAGCUAUUCCUUAGAAACCAAGCCACCUGAAAUGGGAUGGAUCAGUCAAUCCACAAUCAGGAAGAGCAGUAGCAGGGGGCUCCUAAGAGAUCACCUUGGAAGAUGCAGUGAUGCUUUCAUCUGCAAUCUUGGAGCAUGCUCCAUCACCAGUGCUGAGUUGAAAGGCGCUAUUGAGGGCUUGUGGAUUGUUUGGGGGAGAGGACACAUGAAAGUUCAACUUAACUUGGAUUCUACUACUGCCAUUACUAUUGCCAGGAAUUACUUGGACGACGAUCAUCGCCAUGGGAUCCUUGCUAGACAGUUCUAUGUCCUUUUGAACCUCGAUUGGGAGGUUAGAAUCGAUCAUGUGUAUAGGGAAGCAAACUUUGCUGCUGACUUUCUUAGCUAAUAGAUGUCAUUUUGUUAA